CUUUGCAAGAUUGCUCCUUUCAAAGUCAUUUCCUCCUGUCUAGAAAAAUUACUCAUACUUCAGGACUCAUCCUGAGUGUCAUCCUUUCUGUGACAUGGUCUGAAACAGUCACUAGGUAGCCACAGCACUUGGUACAACCUGUUUUUACAGUACCUGCCACAUACAUUGCCACUGGUUUGUGUGGAGAUGAGGCCUAACUUUCUCACCACCCUCUGUGCUCCUGCAAGCUGGCACUGCUGACCUCCUGGGCAACCCCAGCAUCUGGCUCAGAAUUACCACGUGAUGCUCUCUGUGCGCUUUUUGGAUGAAUAGCUGAAUGAAGGGGGUACCCUUUGUUCUGCUUUAGAUCCUAAGUCCUGACAGAGCUUAUGGAACCCAGGCUUCACAGUCUCCCAGAACUUGAAACCACUAGACCACACAUGGAACCAAGGGCUUCAUCUCCAGCUGCCACACUCUCGGUGGCCAGAAAAUUCCAUGUUCUCGUGGGUGUCACGGGAAGUGUUGCUGCCCUGAAGUUGCCUCUUCUGAUAUCAAAGCUUUUGGAUGUUCCUGGGCUAGAAGUCACAGUGGUCACAACCGAAAAAGCCAAACAUUUCUACAGCCCCCAGGAUGUUCCUGUCACCCUCUACAGUGAUGCUGAUGAAUGGGAGACAUGGAAGCACCGCGCUGACCCUGUUCUCCACAUUGAACUGCGGAGAUGGGCAGACCUCAUGCUUGUAGCACCUCUCGAUGCCAACACUCUGGGGAAGGUGGCCAGUGGUAUCUGUGACAACUUGCUUACCUGUGUCAUCCGGGCUUGGGACCACAGCAAGCCCCUGCUCUUCUGCCCUGCCAUGAACACCGCUAUGUGGGAGCACCCCCUCACCGCACAGCAGGUCAACCAACUCAAGGCCUUUGGCUAUGUGGAGAUUCCCUGUGUGGCCAAGAAGCUGGUGUGUGGAGACCAAGGUCUGGGCGCCAUGGCCGAGGUGGAAACCAUUGUGGAUAAAGUGAAAGAAGUCCUCUUCCAGCACAGUUGAACUGGGAUUUCUGUCUCAUAUGUCCCCUGUACUCAGUGUAUUGUCAGGCUGAGAUGGUGAAGAUGUCAGCAGCAUAUGGUAAAGAUUCUGCAUUUGCUGAUGAGGGUCAGGCCUGGGCCUGCUGUGGAGCCUCUCCCAGGACCUGACCUCCUCCAGGUUAGCUGGAACGUAGGCCCAGGCCCAGCUUCUUUUGAUCAGGAACCCCUCUUUCAGGAGUUCCUCCCUAUUUCUUACUGGGAUGGGCCCAACAAACCAGGGGAGCCCACUGCCAUGUUGCCAUAUUGACCCUGUGCUCCUGGGAGGAACACGCGAUUCUAUCUCCCGCAUAGUAAUUGCUUUUUUUUUUUUAAAUAGAGAGGUCAAAGUUAUUCAUUGAUUUAUUCAUUUAUUUAUUUUUGUGGUGCUGGGGAUCGAACCCAAGACCUUGAGCAUGCCCGGCAAGUGCUCCACCAGUGAGUCACAUCCCGAGUCCAGUAAUUGCUUUUAGAAACAGUGUGGCUGGAGAUCCCUGGUGUGGUAGUCCCCUGACCAGGCCUUGGGAGCUUUGGUCGUUUUGGUGGGGUGCCCAUGUGCCACACAGAGCCAGAAAGUCUGUAAGGCGGCAAGACUCUCAGAUUUCCCAGAGACCAUGCUGUGAGGUUGGAAAUAAGGAAAAAGGACCUUUUAGGAGACUCUUUUGUUCCUUAGCAACCUGUCUGUGGUCUCAGAGAUCAGGGGGCAUUGCCAGGUGAGGCUGGGGAAGGAUCUGCGUUGAUGACUGACCAGCACAGGUGGUUAAGGACAAAGAAUACUGAAGUCACACAGACCUUAGUUCAAAUCCAGCUGUGCCUCUUACCAGCAAUGGGCCUUGGCUUGGGACUUCACCUUCCUGAUCCUUACUUUCCUCAUCUGCAUUAUCAUCCUUACCUCAUGGAGCUGUUGAGAGGAUUAAAUGAUAUAAUGUAUGCAGAAUACAAUUGUCUCCUCUGUCUACUGGGGAUAUAUUCCAGGGCCCCCAGUGGAUGUCUGAACCUACAGAUAGUACCAAACCCUAAGUACACUGCUUUCUCCCAUGCAUGUAUACCCAUGACAAAGUUUAACUUGUAAAUUAGAGCAGUGUGUUAGUCAACUUUUCUUUGCUCUGACGAAUACCUGAGGAAAGCAAAUUGAAGAAUGAUUUAUUUUGGCUCACAAUUUCAAAGGCUUUAGUCUGUGUCCUUUGGCCUUGUCAUUUUAGGCCUGAGGUGAAGCUAAGCAUCAUAGUGAAGGGGUGUGAGAGAGCACAGCUGCAUUUGGCAACCAGGAAGCCGAGAGGAGCAACAGAAAAGGGCCAAGUUACAUCCUUCAAAGCACACUCCCAGUGACCCACUUAUCCAAGUAGGCCUCUCCUUUCACAGUCUUCACCCCCUCUCAAUAGUCUAUUCAGAUUUUGAAUCCAAGUCAGAUUAAAGCAUUGAUUAGGUCAGCACCCUCCUGAUCUAAUUGGCUCUGGAAAUAACGUUGAAGAGACAACCACUGGUGUACAUUACUGAUCUCCUACUCUCAAUCCAAUGAAACUGACAAUCGGGAUUAACUAUCACAUACAGUAAGAGAUUAAUAAUAGCUAAUAAUAA